AUGGGCGAUGCUGCGUGCGACACCGUGCCUUCUACGCCACCAUCCGCUGCGGUCGACUUGAUGUCAAGCCCGCCACCGGCAACUACUUCGCGCCGCUCCGUUGAUGCUUCCCCAGCGGCGACACUGGACGAUGGAGCUUCGCUUCAUGUGAAAGUUGAGAACCUCCAUGCUUCAUCUGCAUCAGAAGACCCGUCGUCGGUUCCUGCGUCGUCGGGUGCUGGAUCUGGGACGUCGGUGGGACGACCGCUGACUCUCGCUGACUUGGAGCGCGUUCUCGAGCUGCGCGACAAUCGGAUGGAGUUCACGAUGGCCGAGCGAGAGACCAAGAUGUGCAAGUUGCUUGCGUACUUGUUCGCCAAGCCACCGGUGGAUCCAUCGCCUGAGCUGAAUCGUCGACUCCAGAACGCGUCGUCAAUCGACGAGUUGCUACCAGCGCUUGAAGACCAGGUCGACGAUGGACCUCGCCCUGCUGCAGUCGCUGGCGAGAAAGCUGCGGAAGCCUUUGCUGAACGCACGCGCGCAGACCUCCUGCAGCACAACCUCUGUGAAGCAGCCAAGGAGAUCGCCGCCCUCCGCGAGGCAGCUGCGACAUCCGAUGCGCUGGCUCGCUCACUCAAGGAGGAGGUGCUCAGCAUGCAGCUGCUGGACACUGAGCGGAUGAGCUUCCUCGCCGAGAAGCAGCUUCUGGAAGCCACAAUCCGAGACAAGGAUCAGCUUAUUGCUGCCCAAGUCAACGAUUAUAGGCGGAACACUGGGAAUCGUCAGCUGCUCAUCGGCCGUUGCUAUGAGCUCUCCACUCAGUUGGCUCAGUUGUCGGACGCCAUCCUGAUGGGAGAUGGGUCUGCGAACCAGUGGCUCAAGCGUCAGCUCGCUGACAAGGACCACACGAUCCGGACCUUGACUCGCUGCAAGAAAUUCACAUCCUUGCUGGAGGCAUUUCGUGACGCCAGCAACUUGCUUCGUCAAGCUGGCUUGGGUGUGUUCGGUGAGGUGGAGCAGCACGUGCAGACUCCGUCUCCGACACCGACUGCCCCGCUACCAAGCCAUCCUCGCCGUCGUUCCCGUGACCCAGACGACGAGUCAGCACAGUCAACCGAGGCUCCAGCUUCCAGCAGUUCGCCGACUUCGCCCAAGAAACCAAAGAAGAGACGGAUGGCUCGUUGGGCUCGCAUCCAGGAGGCUCGGCAAGCGGAGUUGGCGAGGCAGGGCUCUGCACCUGCUCCCAAGAAGCAGCGCUCGUCGAACAAGAAGAGACGGUCACCGAGUCCCGCGAGCGAGGGUUCGCUGACUGAGGAGAAAGCUCCAGUGCCUGCUGCUGCUGAGCAUUCUACUGGGCUGGUCGACUCCACCCCUUCGCCUUCUUCCCGGUACCCUCAGCGAGCGGCCAAGUUGAACGCCGCGGUUAUCCAGCGGGAGGUUCUUGCUCAGGAAUCUGACAACGACUCGGUGGUGCUCGGCGAAGCACCCGUCGUACUGUCUGUCGAUGACGCUCCUGCGGGUACUCCAUCUACUCCUGUUGGUUCGUCGAUGCCUUCUACUGAGGAAGCUGUCACCUCUGGAGUUACCGAAGAGGUGGGCGAGACAUUGGAGGGUCCAGUUGCUGUUGAGAGUUCACCUGGCGGCUUUACGUCUCGCGUUCCAGCCAAAUCUCCUGCUCCUUCGUCGGCGUCUGAGGCUCCUACCGAGGAGUUGUAUUCUUCAGCGCCCGUCACUCCUGUGGUCGGCGAGGCUUCUCCGGCGACGCAAGUCGAGGCAGCUUCUACUCUAGCAUCGCUGAGCUCUGAGGCUCCACCCGCACUUACAACGAGCUCUGUCAUGAUCCGGGUCCUGCAUCCUGGUAAGCAUCCUGCUUGGAGUCCGGGGAGUCCGGACGAAGACGACGACGCUGGAGAUAGCGACAGCGAUCACGAUGUUGGUUCGGCGGGAGGUAGCCCUGCUACAACUUCUCCCAACUUGUCGGGCCAGCCAGUCGCACCUCCGGGCAAGCCUGUCGUUGGCUCUGAAUCCAAUGAUGGCGGCCAUCAGCAAGCUUCACCUGCCGAUCAUGGGGAUGAAGACUCAAGCUUCGCUGAGCCGGCGCUAACGAGCACGAAGGACUCCACCGGCAAGGCUCCUGUCAAGCCUGCAGGACCGUCCAAGAAGGUUCCGGUCAAGGCUGCUUCCGCUCCAGCGAGCAAGAAGAAAAAGGCUCGGCGAAGGGUCAAGCUCGAGGGUGGACCUCCUCCUCUCUUGGUGGAUGUGAAAACCCUCGUGCAGCGUGCGUCGAACGAGACCAGUCGGGACUCUCGCGAGUCGAAGUACAUGAAGCGGCUCCGGUCUCUUCCGUUCUUCCACAAGGCUUCGCGUCGCUGCUGGGAGAAGAUAUUGGCGUCGUGCGUGCCGAUUGCGGUCACUGAGAAGACAGCUGACGGCGUUCGAAUCCAGCCUACGCCUAUCAGCUUGGCUGGCCUUCACGCUUUCGCUAAGGUCGACGACCCCAACCACCCUUAG